AGAGCAACUGGAAACACGUCCCCACAGUUGCUGCAUUAAACAUGCUCAAGGUGAAAGGCCUAUAGAAACGAUCGCCAGUUUGAUGGAAAAUGCGGAACGGAUGCACAGAAAGAUGAAGAAGAUCGUUCAAGACAAUACAAAAUGGCGAGACGUUAUAGUCAAAGCUGCAACAAAGAAGCUGCCGCCGUGCCGGUGCGGCUGCAUGGACGACCCGCCGCCGGACCCCGUGUGUCCCGGGAAGCCGCAGGCUGCUAAGGACAUCGAGGACGAGCAGCUGCGGAAGCGCUGCCUGCUCAGCAUCCAGCAGGAAAUAGAACUGAGCAGACACGAGCAAAAGCUAUGGAAACUGAAGAUGGAAUUGGAGCGCUUCGUAUCUUCCUGGGCGAGUCGAGAACCAGCUGAUAUUCCAAAGCCUGGAGGCCUGCCGUCACCGGAGCAACUGAUGAGGCAGCUGCAGGAGUCUUCGUGCCGCCUGGAGCGUCAGCUGGAGCAGCAGUACCAGGAAGAGCUGGAGCGCAUGCCUCCAACCUGCUCCAGCACCGUCUCCCAGCAAUCCACAGGCUCCUACGACACUACCCAGUGA